CCCAUACUAAAGUGACGUCAUCGUCUGAGCUUCUGGCAAAAAUACUACUGCGUGUACUAAUGUCAAUACUAUAUUGACAUAAACAGCGGCUGUUCGUGACCAAGCAUAUGUAAAGCAAUUCUGCGUGAAUAUACGCAAAGAAAGCUCUAGUGAUGGGGAAGUCACACUCCCACUUGUCGAAGGGGAAAGAUGACCGUGGCAGUCAGAGUGGCCUGACGACUGGUCCAGAGUACAUAGAUACACAGAGUGAAGAGGAUGGAAAGAAUGGAGAUGUGUCUCAGUUCCCCUAUGUGGAAUUUACUGGCAGAGACAGUGUCACAUGCCCCACAUGCCAGGGCACUGGCAGAAUACCACGGGGCCAAGAGAACCAGCUUGUGGCUCUGAUUCCAUACAGUGACCAGAGGCUCCAGCCAAGGAGAACAAAGCUUUAUGUCACUGUGUCCGUGUCUCUUUGCCUUCUGCUGUCUGGCCUGGCGGUGUUUUUCCUGUUCCCUCGUUCUAUCGACGUCUCCUAUGUGGGCGUGAAGUCUGCAUUCGUCUCCUAUGACCAGGACAAACGGAUUGUCUAUCUCAAUAUCACGAACACUCUGAACAUCACCAAUAACAACUACUACGCCGUAUCCCUGACCAACAUCACAGCCCAAGUGCAGUUCUCUAAGACGGUGAUUGGGAAGGCCCGUAUUAGCAAUGUGAUGACCAUCAUACCACUGGAUAAGCAGCAGAUUGACUACAUGGUUCCCACAGUCAUUGCUGAUGAGAUGAGUUAUAUGUUUGACUAUUGCACCCUGCAGUCCAUAAAGGUUCACAACAUUGUGGUCAUGAUGCAGGUGACUGUGACCACAUCCUACUUCGGGCACUCGGAGCAGGUCUCCCAGGAGAUGUACCAGUAUGUGGACUGUGGGGGCAACACCACCUCGCUGCAUGGACAUGUGAAGAUGUAUCAGUAAGGCAGUAAAAACAGCCAUAAUGGAAGCCCGUCGAUCUAAAGGUCAACAAAAGGGUUUUUACGGAGUUCCUUUGGGCACACGUCUACUGUAGAAUAGGAGGAACCAUGUCUCAGAGAAAGUGAUGUUAGCAAGGUGCCAAUAUACAGUUUCAUGAGGGUUUGAUAAUGUCGCCGGUAGAAAACCUCUCGUGCAAAUUCUUCCUAAUAGAAUGAUCCAAUCCAAUGUGUACAGGCAUUUGAGAUAAAGAUGCAAUACAAAUAAUAGGAUCCAUUUAGAUUAUUUUGAUUAUCAGCACCACUAAUCACCCCACACCACUUUUUGAUUGCCUUUUUCUUCUCCAUUAUUUUUUUAUACCAGCCAUUUUGUUUUCUUCAAGGAUUGUUUUGUACAUAAUGGUACUUACUUCCUGAUGUGUGUCGUUACUCUUACAUUUUCAUUGUAAUGAUAGUUAGAUAUACAUCUAAUUCUGAGGUGACAUAUCAUGUCGGGGUGAUGUCAGAGUAAUUAUGAUGACUACGGACCCUAAUUAGAUUGCAACAUUUAGGUAUUUUAAUGAGAGGAAUCUUGUAUUUUUAUAUCAUUCAAAUACAGUACCUAUAACUAUUAGAUGUGUUGUUUAUGAUGUGAAUUACUCUUUAAUUGUAAACCUCUAGGAAUUGUUUGUUUUAAUGGGAAUGUUACGUGUUUUUUUCUAACUUGUGUAGUAGACGACUGCCUAUUUCGAAAUAUGAUAUUACAUAAAUACCCUCAAUGGUGUUGUAAAAUUAGGUUUUUAUUUUAUCUUUGAAAAUUGAUUUUAAGACGUUAUUUUAUCUUUAUAUUUUUUGUUUGAUGCCCUUUGCCGCUUUUAAUUCGUCAUAGUUUAUCACUGAAAUUUGCAAGUAAAUUGUGAUUUUUGAGUUUGUGUUCAUUUCUGAGAUUAUUAAAUGCCAGGAUAAUGUAAGUAUCCAUUUGUUAUAUUCCUUGAACAUUUGUUAUAGCUUUAAAGUAUUUUGUGCAUGUACAGACGACUGAACUGAGGACAAUAAAAAUGGCCAAUAUAAAAUAUCA